UGGUGCUGUGGAGCUGAUGGGAGUCGAGGAGACGGAGGCAGCAGCAGGAGGCGCUUCAGCAUCAUCAUCAUCACCCUCAUCAUCAUCAUCAUCACCAUCAACAUCCUCUCACACAGGAAUCACUUCAGCUCCACACACACACACACACACACACCACAGGACAGUGGCAGCGGCAGCAGUUCGAUCUGUUCACGUGACAGAGGAAGAGUGGACGGAGGCGCGAGGAGGCUGAACAAUGAUAGUGAGGAUCGCGGCUCGCGCUGUCCCAGGAGAACUCAUCUGAAGAGCUGUGAGACAGCGGGAUGCUGCUCUAACGCACCGGGGAGGAGACGGUUUUCCUGUGCACACCUGUCAUGGAUAAAAGCGAGGGGGGCGAGACCCUGCUCCUGUUGGGAGCCAUCGCAGCGGCGUCCGCCUUUGUGGUCACGAUCCUCAUCGUCCUUGUCUGCGUCGGCUGCCAAAGGAAAAGGAAGAGCAAGCAUCCUCCAGCUGGAGAGAAAGGGACGUCUGUAAAUAUGCAGGGAACACUUCGCCACCCAAAACUGAACUCCAUGAGCAAGUCUGACACCAGGCUGCACGAGAUCAAUCGCUUUCCCUGCAAUGGAAAUUCUGUCAGUAAGAGCCGCCCCGCCAGUAUGGACCUCCUGCUCCUCCACAGCCGCUGCUCACAGACUGACCUGAGGCCCUCCCAUGGGCGCCAGCUUCCCCACAUCCCAACGAGUCCCCAGGGAUCCAGCCAAGGGGAGGGGGGGGAAACGGGAGGAGAUGGGGCAGGAGGGGGAGGAGGAGGAGGAGGUGGUGCAGGAGGCGGGGAGGCCAGAGACCAUACGUACACUGAGGUGGGCCUGCGUAACAACGUCACGCCAGUCCACUGCCAGGAUGACGGCCUCUACGAGAGCGUGGGUGUCCGAGAAGUUGACAGCAAGGUCCCCGCUGCUCCACCCACCACAUCGACCAGCAGUCCUGCUGUCAUCAGAGCCGCUCAGAGCCCCCCCGCUCACACCAACGGAGGCCGCAACGGAAAUGGGCACGGCAAUGGUGGCAGGGGCAACGGCAGGGGCAACGGCAGGGGCAACGGCAGGGGCAACGGCACCUUAAAUGGUGUGAUGAGUGGACGAGGUACCAGGCUGACCAGGGUCACCAGGUCUCCUCUGUCCUCUGUUAACUCCCUGGCCAUUCAGGAUACAACUGCAGCUGAGUACGCGUCCUUACGCAAGUUCAGGAAGGUUGACAAGGCCAGGAAGGACAACAGCGCGGCCGACAGCCAGUCAGACAGCCAGGCCACUGUGAGCGAUUCACCCGCGGCUGCUCAUCCGCUGCUGCAUCGCAGUCAAGAGAUCCCACUGAAUUCACUGGAGCCGUUUCACCUGCACUCUUUCCCAAAGGAGGCAGUUUUCAUUGGCAACGGGGAGCAGUACAUCUGGAAGCCUCCGGAGGAUGAUGACAUCAUCACCCUGCACCCUCCUCUGCACCGUGGAGAGAAUGGACAGGGGCACCCAGCUCCUCCUACUGCGCAGGAGAUUGCAGACACUUACUCCGUCGUGUGUAAAUCCCAGAAGAAGAAACCUAUGGAAUACAAUGGAGCAAAGACCCUCCCGCGCUCCUUUGGUGGGGAGAGAGGAAAUGCGGGUUCCCAGGGCCGAGGCAGAGGAGUCCAGGGCCAGGCACGCUCUCAAGAAGAUCCCGGAUAUGAACCGGUAGGAGACAGAUCCCGGUCCACAUGCGCAAUGGCUGAGUCUGACACUGCGUACGCUACAAUCGACGGCCACCGGAAACGUGAGCAGGAGGGAACCAAUAACAGCACAGCUGGGGGUAGUACCACACUGAAGAGGAAGAAGCAGACCCCGCCACCGCCACCGCCGCCGCCGCCGCCACCGCCGCCACCGCAGCAACAAAACCAACAACAAGCCUCACUAGUUGCACCUCAGGGCUCAGGACCAAGCACCCCGCCUGUUAGGGGCGGGGAAAACCUCUACGAGACCAUCAGCGACGUGAAACAAGGGGCCAACAGCGCUAGCACCACCACCAUCUUCACCUUCAAUGAUGGGAUGGAGAUGUACGUCACUGGUCUGUAGACAUGAAAAAGGCUGGUUAUUAUACACAUAAACAAGUCCCUCUGUAGAGAAACAACAUAUGGAUCCAUUUUUUGUGGACAUCAGGUACAAUCAGGGUCUUAAUCCAGGUUCAGACUUCCCUUGCUUGGUCUGGACUUUAGAACCAGCCUAAGCCUAUAUAGUCCAAGCCCAAAUAUGGACCAAAUACAAUCUAACAAAGAAAAGAAAUCAGCAAAACAAAGAAAAUACAAGUUAAAUAUACUGUAUAUCUUUCAAACUAUACUGUGUCACUGACCAUACUCACCUGUGUGUGCAUCAUUUUCCAUAUCUUUAUUUUUGUAUGGACACUGCACACGAGUACGUGGUGUCACUCACAUAUGGAGGAACACACGUUUUUAAUCUAUAUUACAGUAUAUCACAAAAGAAAUGUGCAUGCAUUGUGCAAACACACCGUACAAAGGGACAGUAGCAGCAAGGACGCUGACUGUAUUAGGAUGAUCUGGCCCACUGUUACACACACACAUGCAGGGAGUGAUGUAAUAUAAGCAGAUGGAUGUAACAGAGAUGUGCGGCGCUUGGCUCGGGCUGAGCAAACAUCUGAAACAGGUUCUGUGUGCACGCUGGUCCACCGGCUGUCACACAGCAUCACGGUGCUUCGUUCAAACACAGGUCAUCAAUUCUUCCUUAAAUACAGAGUUACAGUCAAUGUAUUAGCAUAACUGCCUGUCCUGAUGAAAAGAAAGUGACUCUUGUGCAAUAAUGUAAUCUUCAUGUGAACAAUCCAGGGCUCAGAUUUGUCAAACAUCUGCAGCCAAAAGUGCAAAGACACACCCUGACACACACACACCCACACACACACACACACACAGUGAUCGGGUCAUGGCCGCUGAGUGGGUUGGACACAAAAACUCCCCCAGCUGACACAUUUCGCAAUGUAAGACUUUUCACUUGAAAGUGGGAUAAAAUGAGAGAAGAAUUAAAGGGAGAGAAAAUAGCAAGAAUAACACGGGAUGACUCAUCAUGUGCAAGUUUAAUGAUAUUUUGGGAUAUUUGGGGUGUGGGUUUGUAUGGGGUAUCAUACAUUCAUACAUACAUUCAACAUUCACAACAAAAAGAGAAGGUGCUUCUAUCAAUGGACACAUAUUUUAUUUUCUCCCUAUUAGCAUAACCUCACGUAGCUACCAAGAGGCCAUGUGAUGGUCAUGUGACACUGAAUCCUGCUCACGAUAGAAAGUUUGGGAAACACAAUCAAUUUAAAGGGAGACCAAAGUAAAAGAUGCAAAACAAUAACCACCAUAACAUUCUCACUGAGGGCGAGGUUGUUGUUUUUACUUCCACUUACUGGUUUUGUUUGUGCCACGGCGUCGUGCACAUGUGACGCGGGGUAAACAUAGAAACACCAGAACAACCACUGGCAAUGAGGAUGGUGUUAAUCACCCAGGUUUAAACCCCCUCUGUGUGGGAGCUAAAUACUAGGGAUGUCCCGAUACAACUUAUUCACCUCCGAUACUAUACUGAUAUUGCAGCCUUGAGUAUUGGCGAUAUCAGCACGAAUCAUACAUACUUUA